AUGGCCGACACUGGCUACAGCUCGCCCGACCCAACAACGCACGAUACCGUUGGCGCGUCGACUCUUGCGACACCUUUAUUCAUGCCAUCAUCGCCGCCUUCUCCUAAGCGAUCUACCUCUCCAAAGAGCCCUGCAUCCGAUCGGGCCGAUGCCCAGAUCGACCGAGCGCUCUCACCAGUGUCAUCCAGAGCAUCAUCUCCCGAUAUCGCAGGGAAUGGACUCGAGGCGCGGCUCGCGGAAUACACGGUUGAUUUCCGCGCGUUUCCCGGUGGACAGGACGACACCUUGCCGGAUCUGAAGCUGCCCCAUGAAGGCGACAAGAUGUCCGACGUCGGUGGACCGGAGGACUUCACCGCCAAUAUGGAGCGCUAUCUGAUGGAAAUGGAGGAUGAUAUGGAGGACCAAGACUUUGAUGAGGGACCAUCAAUGGACCCGAAGCAGGACGAUAUCCCACCGCUCGCACUGGAAGACCAGGAGAAGGAGGAAACCGAACAACCGCAGCAAGGGGGCCAGAAUGCGGACGAUGAAGCGGAGCUCGGCGAGGACAGUGAAUUCGGGCCCCCAGUCGACAUGUCUACCCCGUCUCAUUUCCUGCGCAGAACCGGCGCAUUCUCAAAGGAGGUGACGCAUCUCGAGGACAUCGAAGAGGAUCCGGAUGAUGAACCGGAGACGGUUGCCACACCUUCUGUCCGGAGACACACGGUCACAUCAAACCAAGAUACGACAGAGACAAACGAAGAUCUACGGCGUCAGGUUGCUGAAUUGAGAGAGAUGAUUCGAGAUCGCGAUGAGCAACUGGAGAUGAAUCAUCAACGGCUAUUGGAAGCCGAGUCGGCAGGGGAACAGGUCAGGCGUCUGCAGACGGAACUACAAACGAAAUCGAUUCAAUUGGACGAGUUGCACGCAAAACGCAACGAUGAAGCCCUUCUGCGCGAACAGAUCAAUCUUCUUCAGAAGCAAAACGAGGAGAAAGAAUCCUACCUACGAAGCUCUUCCGUCAGUGAAUCAGGUCUCAGUGCCCUUCAAAGGCAGCUGGGGGAUAUGCAAAAGGAACUCCAAAGCAAAAGCACGCCCACAAUUAUGGAUGCGGAGCGAUUGGAAACAAUCGCUUAUCUACGCCAGCAAUUGGACUUGACUCAAGAACAAUUAAGGAAGCGGGAUGUUGCGCUGGAGGAAGCUCUUUCGAAAGUAAGAGAGGUAACUGCAGCAAAGGAACUGCAGUGCCGGGAGAAGAACACCGAGAUCGACGGUCUCAAGGCCCAGAUCGACGACCAUCUGCUCGAAAUCGAAAAGCUGGAGACGCACCUAGAUGAAGCGCAUCGAGAGUACGGAAUUCUCGAAGAAAAGGUGGCCUGCUUGGAGACCAGGAAUCGUCCCCUGGAGGAGAAGAACAGUACCCUCGAGGCCGAUUUGACUCGCGCUCAGUCACAGGUGACGGCUCAGGAGAAUGCCCUAAAGGCGAUGGCAGCCGACCUGCCAUUGGAAGCAGGAGGGAGAAAUACAUACACGGAGAUCCUGGAAUUGAUCAAAGACUUGGGUCAAAAUGACACGUCCCGCACCUCCACGGAGACUGUAUCAAAGGAGGGGGAGCCGAAGCACGAUGAAAUGGAAAAGUUGCGUCAGGAAUUGGCCAGAGUACAGGAUGAAUUGAGCGAGGCAAUUUCAGUGCGAAAGACCUUGGAGAUUGAAUUGAAUCGAUCCCAGGAACAGGCCAUCGAAGUGCAUUCAUUGAUCAAGUCAAUCGAGGGCGAAAACUCCCGCCUAACGAAGCGAGUCGACGACCUACGAAUCAAUCUAGAGAAGGCUCAAAGCGAACGGGACCAGCUCCAAGUGGACCAUUCAGACGCCCUUCGCACCAUUGAGCGUCUUCAAACGGAGCAAAAGACGCAACAACCGAGCCCUCCCUCUUCGCCUCCCGCGUCGCGCAAUCCCCGCCAGACAGAGAAGCUCGAGGAAACCCACCAGGCGCAAGUCAAGAGUCUUCAAACCGCUCAUGCCACCGCCAUCUCCACCCUCCGCUCCGCCCAUGCCGAUUCGACACGCAAGCUGCGAGCGUCGCUCGCAGCCGCCGAGAAGCGCGAAGCCGCCCUCAAAGUCGAAGUGCGCUCCUUGCGGGCCGCUCACGCAUCCCAGGAGGACAGGGUACAGUCCCUUGACGCCGAGGUCAAGGGACUCCAGGCCACGGUGGCCGCCAAGGAUGAGACGGCCGCGGCGAUGGACAAGCGGAUUGCGCGCUCCGUCGAGAAGCGCGAGAAAGAGUGGGAGCGGCGGGUUGAUCUGCUCCUCAAGGAGCGAGAGCGGAUGAGCAAGGCGCUCAUGUGGGCCUGGGGCCAGAAGGAGAUCGGCGAUGUCAAGGAGAACCUCGACGAAGAAGGCCGGCAGGUCAAGCAGGCCUAUCGGUAUCGGUACGCUCAGGGCAAACAGGGCAAAGCGACGUGA